ACUGAGGUGGCGGAGGCUGCCGCUGCGGCGUGGAGCUCUCUUCAGGCGGCUGCCCGCACGAAGCAGGUGCAGUCCCGCCCGCCUGGGCCUCGGCUGUCGCGGCUCGGCAGGCUACCACCUCCCGGCGCCCUGCACUUAGAGGCGGCGCCAGAGCGCGGGUUCCUUCGCGAACCGCCGCAGCCUGGCUGCCUGUGUCGCUGUCUAGACGUGCAGCCAGCUUUGGUGCCGCGUUUGGUGAGAUCAGAUUACUCAACACCGAUGUGUGCAUAGUGGAGCGAUAAUCUACAUGCAUAAUUUCCCGGUAUAUGAAAUAACCCAAUGAAGUCCAGUUCACAGUGUCAUCAACACGCUAGUCGGGAUGUUCGAUGGUAGAAGAGAAGCGACAAAUAAUUCCAGACUCGCGUGUUCUCGCUGAAUUCUAAACUUCCUAAGUGGAAGGCCGUCCCAUAAAUAAGUGACCAUGCACUUGUUCUCAGCAGAAACAGCGAGGAUCCGCCACCUCACGGCCAAACUCAAUAAGGUGUGGUCUUGGGCAAGCAGAGUACUGACAACUUCUGAGCUCGCUCCGUGAGAGCUCACACUUUGUCAGUUGAACCACGCUGACAUAAUGCUUGGGAGGACAGGAAUGAUUGUUUUUUGGUUGACUUUACUUUUGACACAUGAAAGAAGUCUCGCAUUGUGCCCUGGUAUGUGCAUUUGUGACGAUGAAUCGCUGAAAUCGUCUUGCCAAGAUGCUGGUUUGGACGUUGUUCCGAUUCAGCUAAACCCUAAUCUUAAAGUGAUUAAUCUAAGAGGCAACAAAAUCACGAGUGUACGUGAUACAAUAUGUAUUUAUACCAACUUAAGAAUUUUGGAUAUUUCUCAAAACAAAAUAACUACUCUCGGGUCUCAGAAUUUUGAACUUCAUGCCGAACUAAUGAUCCUUAACAUAAGUAAUAACCAAAUUACUGUUUUAGAAAGGAAAACAUUUGGAGGACUGAUAUCUCUGAGGACUUUAGACAUAAGCAACAAUUUUUUGGACAACAUUGAAGGAAGUAUUUUUCUGGAACUAACGAAUUUGGAGCAUUUGAAUUUGUCCAAAAAUCAUAUAACUGUAAUAGGGAAAGGGGUUUUUGACAAUUUAAAGUCUCUCCGAACGCUUCAACUGGAUGGCAACCAACUUCUUGAUGUGCCGACGCACGUCCUUCGAAAUUUACAGUUACUGCAGGUGCUAGCAUUAGAUGACAAUUUAAUAGAGGUUGUAAGUGAGGACUCCUUUCCACUCCUUCGAGAUUUGAAAGUUCUUACUCUGGAAUCUAAUGUUAUUUCUGAUAUACACUUGACAGCUUUUGACAAUGUGAAAAUGUUGGAGUUUCUUGACUUGGGUAAUAACAAUAUUUCUCUAGUUCCAACUGCACAGUUAUCAAAGCUAACGGAACUACGAGAGUUGCGUGUAUGUGGAAAUGAAUUCAGUAUCAUUGGACCUGUUGCGUUUCAAAAUCUUGUUGACCUGAGGUCGCUAUGGAUUUGUCAACUGUUGCAUCUGAAACAUGUAGAUGUUAGGGCUUUUGUUGAUAACAUAAAGCUCGAGACACUGAUAAUGGAUGGAAACAUUAACUUGGAGACUUUGCCCAUCAGACUCUUCCAUAGCAACCCCCUCUUGACUCACUUGUCUGUACGGGGCACUUCAUUGACAUCAUUAGAUGCUUCACAUUUUCCAUUGGAUCAACUCCAUUAUUUAUACCUUGGCGGCAACUCUCUUCGCUGCAACUGUUCGAUGCUUUGGUUGUGGCUUCUAGCAAGAAAGCAGCGUGGCAUUAUGUCAAAUAAUUUUACGGCAAUCUCCACUGUCAUACCAGACAAUAUGCCUCGCCUCGAUAUUGAUGAAUUGCAGUGUCAAAAUUUAAAUACUGGCGAGAAAACUCUUUUGGUGGAUGUCCCAGAAUCAGUAGUAAUAUGUGAGGCCACUUGGCUCAUUGUAUUGCUAGUAACCACAGGUGUCGUGAUUUCUCUGUUGAGCAUUUCUUGCACAGUUAUGUUUUCUUUGGGAUGUGGAAAGUGGUGCAAGAAGAGGGAGAAAGAGCCUGAAGAAACAGAGACCGAAAUUCCUACGCGUAGUUUGCACAACACUACUGCCACUCACCAUCACAACCACAGUCUUUACAACAAUCGUCGUCAAACUGGAAAGCUCUUAAGAUUUGUGCCGAAACGGCCCGAUAUGGAAGGCAUGGAUGAGAUAGUUUUGAAGCAUAGCAAAUGUGUUGACCGUGAUUUCCACAUUCAAGGUCCAUUGGCCAAUUGGGAAACUUUUCCAGGAGAAAACAGAGUGCAUGACCACAGGCGACCACAAAUGUACACCCCCCACUAUAACGCUGACGCGAGAAUAAAGAAACCAGCACACAUAGUUUAUGUGUGAAUUUAACAUUUAUUUGUUUUAUGGGGAAACUGAACUAAAAAUAAGUUUUUUAACUAAUAAACUGACAUAUCUGAAGACUGAACUAAUUGAAACCAAUUUAUAAAAAAAAACCUCAUA